AUGUCGUCCCUGUCCAUCUUCCGUAUCGCGACCCGCGCUGUCCGCCCCGCCAGCUUCGUCCGAGCUCCUCUCGUCCGCUCCCGGGUGCAGACCCCCAUCACCAUGGCCGCCCGCGCCCGCACUUUCGGCACCACCGCUAAGCUCUCCUCCGGCCACGAGGAUGAGACAUACGAGGAGUUCUCUGCCCGAUUCGAGAAGGAAUUCGAGGGUGUCCAGGAUGUCUUCGAGCUCCAGCGCAACCUGAACAACUGCUUCGCCUACGAUCUCGUCCCCUCCGUUGAGGUCCUCACCGCGGCCCUGCACGCCGCUCGCCGUGUCAACGACUACCCCACUGCCGUCCGCGUUUUCGAGGGUGUCAAGGCCAAGGUCGAGAACAAGGAGCAGUACAAGCAAUACCUCGAGGCUCUUGAGGGUCUGCGCCAGGAGCUUGGUGUUGCUCUCCGUGAAGAGCUUUUCCCCCAGGAGGAGUAA